AUGCAUCUUGCUUCGUUGAUCCCCUGUUUGCCAUUGCUCGCAUAUGCACACGCCCGUGUGCUAGACCCUCGCCAUGUGGGCAAGGUGCACCAUGACGCUCAUCUAAACCCCCGAUCCAUCUACCCGCCCUGUAGCACAUCGGCGGCAGCCCUCAGCGUCCCAACACCCAUCCAGUCUCAGUCUCUCGAUAUCUCGGUAGACGCGUCUGUUGAGACAACAGCUGAUGCUUCAUACUGGUUGGCAGAUAUUGCGCAUCAGGGAAUCGCGGCUUUCAAUUCUGAUCCUUCAGCCUAUACUGUCUUCCGCAAUGUGAUGGACUAUGGUGCCAAAGGUGACGGUGUAACCGAUGAUACCGCAGCAAUUAACCUUGCAAUCAGUUCUGGGAGUAGAUAUGGACCUUCGAGUGGAGAGACAUCUACUACCACACCCGCUAUUGUAUACUUCCCCUCAGGAACCUAUCUGAUCUCGACCUCCAUCAUCGACUAUGACUUCACCCAAUUGAUUGGCAAUGCAAACUCAAUCCCGGUGAUCAAGGCUACCUCGGGUUUCACGGGUCUAGGAUUGAUCGAUGGAGACCAAUACCAAAGCAGUGGAAACCAGGGCUGGACUGCGACAAAUGUUUUCUACAGACAGAUCCGGAAUUUGAAACUGGACUUGACUUCUAUCGCAGCAGCCACUAGUGCUACUGGAAUCCACUGGCCAGUUGGUCAAGCUACCAGUAUCCAGAAUGUUGAAAUCGUGAUGAGCUCCGCCUCGGGAACUCAACACCAAGGCCUUUUCAUUGAGAAUGGAUCUGGAGGCUUUUUGACUGACAUCACUACCACCGGUGGUCUCUACGGAUUCAACAUCGGUAGCCAGCAAUUUACCAUGCACAAUUUGGUCAUCUCCGAUGCAGUCACUGCAAUCUCUCAAAUCUGGGAUUGGGGCUGGACCUACCAGGGUCUGAGCAUCACAAACUGCACCACUGCCAUCGCAAUUAACAAUGGUGGCGCUGGUGACCAGCUUGUCGGCUCAGUCAACGUCUUCGACAGUAGCAUCACAGACUGUUCGACCUUCAUCACCACGGCAUGGGAAACUUCCACCUCAUCCAAUGGAAGUCUUAUCCUGGAGAAUAUCGCUCUUAGUGACGUCCCUGUUGCCGUAAAGGGGCCCAGUGGUACCGUUCUUGCUGGUUCAUCGGGUUCAACUACUAUCAGUGCAUGGGGUCAAGGCCACAAGUACUCACCCAGCGGGCCAACCAGCUUCCAGGGCUCAUUCACUGCCCCGACGCGCCCGUCUGCUUUGCUUGCCAGUGGGUCUUCCAGAUACUAUACCAAGACCAAGCCCCAAUACUCCGCAUCACCCACGUCCUCUUUUGUCAGCAUCAGAAGCGCAGGCGCUAAAGGUGAUGGUACUACUGACGAUACCACGGCUAUUCAAGCCGCCCUGACGUCGGCUGCGUCCUCUGGCGCAAUUGUCUUCUUCGACCAAGGAACGUACAAGGUCACUUCAACUCUCUAUUUCCCCCCUGGCCUCCGACUUGUCGGAGAGGCCUUCCCAGUUAUUAUGGCCAGCGGCAGCGUCUUCUCCGACAUCUCCACUCCCGUCCCGGUGAUCCAAGUCGGCAAGAGCGGACAGUCUGGCUCAAUCGAAUGGUCUGAUAUGAUUGUCAGCACACAGGGAUCUACACCUGGCGCUGUCCUGAUUGAAUGGAAUCUGGCAGCCGCGUCGGGUUCUGGAAUGUGGGACGUUCACACUAGACUGGGUGGGUUUGAUGGCUCAGACCAGCAGUUGGCCCAAUGCCCAACUUCUGCUGCUGUUUCCGCAACUUGCGAAAAUGCGUAUAUGUCUAUGCACAUUACUAGCUCCGCAAGUGGUGUAUACAUGGAGAACAACUGGCUGUGGACGGCUGAUCACGACAUCGAUGAUGCCAGCAAUACUCAGAUCUCUCUUUACAGUGGUCGCGGUCUGUUGAUCGAGGGAACCACCAUCUGGUUAUACGGAACUGCGGUCGAGCACCACUCGCUCUAUCAGUACCAAUUCUCAGGCGCCAGUUCGGUUGUGGCAGGCUUCAUCCAGACUGAAACACCAUACUAUAUGCCCGACCCUGAUGCGGCUAACAGUCCUUACCCUACCAACUCGACUCUCAACGACCCCAGCUACAGCACCUGUCUGUCUGGCAACUGCGACGCUCUUGGUCUGCGGGUUCUGGACAGUGAUAACAUUCUUAUCUAUGGUGCUGGUCUGUACAGUUUCUUCAACAAGUACAGCACUACCUGCUCUACAUUCCCCACCCCAGAGAACUGCCAGAGCGAAAUCUUCAGUGUUGAGGGCACCACUAGUGAUCUGACAGUUUACACUCUCAGCACAGUGGGCACAACCAACAUGAUUGUCAAGGAUGGGGUGUCGCUGGCGGUCGUGAGUGACAACCUGGAUACGUAUGCCGCUACGAUCGCAUACUUUACCCUAUAA